CUUCACGUGGCCACCUGAGGCUUGUCUAGAUCUGUUCUUCUCCAAGCGGAGGCAACAGGCAGCAGCUCACCCCUAACCAUUCCCUCUCAAUCUCUCCCGUAAAGCAAACCAGCUAGUAGCGCUUCCAAUUAAUUCAGCUCCUACGUUGUUCCCAUCGGCAAAAGCAACAGACAGGGGCUCAUCUCCCACACGCUACUUCUCUCCCUACGAAUUUCCUUCAAUACAAGCAGCUCCAGCCGCCUCCAAUAGUCCAAUCCACCAGCACCAACAGGUGCCCGGUGCCCCCCUCCAAACCCAAACCCUCCACCAGUCAGAGCAGCUCUAUGUGUCUGCGGUAAAAGAAUUUGUUAAUUGCAGUUUUUUCUUGGUUCUCGGGUGGAUUUUACAGAUAUUAGUGUAUUACGAUGGGCAAUAUGUGUAAAGGAUAAAGCUGCAUUUGAUCCUCAGAGAUGAUGAACGAGUCUUUUCUUGAUAGGAUGGUUUCCCAGCUUCGGUCAACAUGCAAGUACUACACUGGAUAUCCCAAGGACCUAGGGCCAUCAAGAAUUAUACCAUUCACAUCUGAGCGUCAGUUUGUACAGCUAUUGCAUGAAGGAAGGCCUGUAGUUGUUGCCUUUACUAUUAAGUGCACUUAUACACAGCAUCUUGAUAAAGUACUGGAAGAGGCUGCUGCCACAUUUUAUCCACAUAUCAAGUUUGUCAGAGUUGAAUGCCCAAAGUAUCCUGGGUUUUGCCUCACGAGGCAAAGGAAUGAAUAUCCAUUUGUUGAAGUAUUUUACAAUCCAGAACAGGCUGCAAGCCAAGGAAAGAGUGUGGAUCCUAACAUCACCAAGUAUUCUGUAAAAGUGCUACCUUUCAACUAUGAUCAGAGCUUGUAUGGAUUUCGGGAAUAUUUCAAGAAGCAUGGUUUCAAGUAUUCUGAAACAAACUAAUUCUGUCAAUAGAAAUAUGCGAUGUGAGAACUUCUAGGGACUUAACAUGGAGGCAUUCAUUGUCGGAGUUGAACUGUGGGGCUUUAUUGAUGUCUUUCCUAGUUCAAGGAAUGCCUGCCAUGUACUCAUGUUAGGGUAUCAUGCCUAUAGAUUAGCACUGCAAUAGCAAAUGCCUGCUGAACUAUCGACCUUCAAUCUGGUAAAUUAAACAUUUCCCCAACCUCAACCAGGAGUGAGUAUAUUGCACGUCUUUUUAUUGAAUGCGAGCGGUUUGCUAGGAUGUCAGGAUUGGGUCGCUGUAUCAGUUGAAGCUAGCAGUUUUUAGAGUUCAGAGCCCCUGGACAAUAUGAUUUCGUUAUAUUUGUAAAAGAAAUGUCGUGGUACACCAGUUGCUGCCAUGUGGAUCAGAUUGAGAUUUGUUCCUAAAAAUACUCUAUUUAAUCA